CGCUUCAAGUUCCUCGGCUCUACUCGCUGUUAACGCUCUCUCUCUCUCUUUCUCUUUUCUUUCCUUCUUCUCUCCCUCUUCCUUUUUUUUUCUCUUCCUUCGCUCGCGAAAUCAACGCGAACGAGACCGCGCGGCGCUCGCUCGCGCGAGUGUGCGACGACGUGCGUUUCCCCUUCGCUACCCCCCGGUAUCGGAGCCGGUAUCGCGUGUGUGCUACGAUUUUGGAGAUUUAGGGGUUCCGCGAGAUUCUGAGGAUCCAGUGAUAGUGUUGUCACCAUCGGCAAUCGGAUCCGCUUGCGGGGCUUAACACCAGAGUCGUGGCUGACGAUCUACCAAACAUGUUGCGCCUCGUGGUCCUUUUCUUUCUAUGUAUAGCUGCUACUUACACACCUGGUCACUGCGAGGCAAGAGCAUCGCGAGAUGUCGAGCAUGCGAGACUGCCAGAGUUCCUCACGGAAUUGGACCUGUCGAGUCUCGAGGCAUCCGAGGAAGACGUCGAAGCGUUGAAGAAAAUCGUAAAAAGGCUGGCGCCCGAGAAGAACGGCGAGUACCAAGUUUACCAAGUCUUCUUCGGUAACGAGGACCUUCUCAAGGAGUGGCUCAAAGGAGCGGACGUGACAGGGCAGCCCGGGGUGGAUUAUCCAGCUCUCACGUCGAUUCCAACCACUUCAUUCAGCUGUCGCGGUUUAAGAGGGGGAUAUUACGCGGAUUUAGAGACAAAUUGCCAAGUAUUCCACAUCUGUGACAAUGGACGGAAGAUCUCGUUCCUAUGUCCCAACGGUACCAUCUUUCAACAGUCGCAGCUUAUAUGCGACUGGUGGUUCAAAGUGGACUGCAGUAAGUCCACGGAAUUGUACGAACAGAGCGCCGAGCAAUUGGCCGAGGAGGAGAAGAAACGUGCAGAUGCGAGGAAGAUGAAAUCUGAGUACCAUCGCGUGGAACAGCAGGAUAACGCGGAUUACUACGAGACCCAGAAUGUUGAUUACGACGGCAGGCAGAAUGGCAGGACGAAUCCGUACGGCCAGUCCGCUGUCAAUCAGAAUCAAAUUCCGGCGAAGCAGGAAUUCAAGUCCGCCCAGCACUUUAGAUCAAACAACAAUCGGGAUUCCGGUCGUUUCCAGGAGAACAGCGCAAACGCGUUGCGGACUAAUGAGAAAACGAGCCAAACGUCUGAGAGCUUCAACCAGCAACCGAAACAACGACAGUAUCACGACGGUGGCUCGAAUUAUCAGACAAGCAACAGGCAGAGAAAUCAACUAGUGGACACGCAGGGGGGCGGUAAGUUCAACUACGAGCAGGGGAAUAAGUUCCAGGAUACUCGGCAGAAUUACCAGAAUAACGCGCAGGACUAUUAUCGGCCGGAUCAGAAUACGCCGUUCAACAAUAACGAGAAGCCAGGAUUCAGAGGCGCAAAGUCGCGACCCUCGACGCGAAACAAUUUGUUCAGUUCCAAUCAAUCCCAAAAGUCUACGCCGGUUUACAUGGAGACCACGACCUUCCGAACCACGACCGCGGUGCCUCCGAGGGAAUACCAGCAGUUUGCAGAAAGCGCCGCGUUCGUGUCGAAUCGAGGAAAUCGCUUCAACUCGGGCAAAUCCGAGAGUAAUCGGCAGUUCUAUUAUCAUUCGUACGAUUAUCAAGAUCAUUCCACGGUCGAUUAUCGCGAUCAGGAGACGACCACCUUGACGGCGCCAGAGAGAAACCAAGAGGCCGAAACAGUAUCCUUCACGCCGAAAACAAACGCUCCUUCGUUCCCGGGACCCACGUUCGCUCCCAUUUAUAAACCCAGAACGACGACGUUGCCGCCUUACGAAACGACUUUGCAGUACACGCCGACAACCGAGACGUCCUUCUACAGCACAUCCUAUUACGGACAAGACGAUAUUCCGGAAACCACCGUUUACGCCAACACCGCGACCGUAGAUGAGUAUUCGACUACGGAGUCCUACGCUACGCACAGCAAUCUGCAGACUCCUGCCGCAAUAGGAAGGGUACCGCCACUCGCUGGAAAUUAUCAAAAUCAGUACGUUGCUCACAGAGUGACCCAUCAGAGGAACACCGAUCGCGACACAGCCUCUUUCGCGACAUCGCGUCCGUACUUAAAUACAGAAAGCUAUCGGCACAACGUACCGGCUAAUGUCACGUCAAGUGUCAGCCAGGAAGAAGCUCGCGAUGCUGCGAUUCGUUCCAAUUAUCAAAACGAGAACAAGAUAGCGGAUAUCGAAAUUAAAGGUACAACGAGGGAUCCCUGGCGCGCGUCCUCGCAGAGCUUCCGGCAAAACUCUAUCAGCUCGACCGAAAAGCCAUGGAAAAGCACGAACGUUUAUCAGCUAAACGGAUCCACCAGCAAGACCUUGAGUCCUUAUGACACGAGUUUCACUUACAAACAAGGGAAAGUACUGUCUACCUUAGGUCCUUAUAUACCGUUUACGAAGAAUUACGUUUACUCGACGAUGACUACGACUCCGACACCGAAGCCAUCGGCUACCGUGCCGACUUACAGCUCCACCUUAACCAAUUAUCGCAUAACGGCGAGCAAUCUUUUACCCAAGAUGAAAUCUUCGCCCCCGGUAACGAGCAGGCCUAAAGACAGAGCGACUUAUCUGCCCGAGGUGACCAGCAAGCGACCAACGACCUUGGAAGACAGGCCGUACGCCGAACGGGAACACGCACUUAGCAUGUUGCAUUCUCUUCAGGGUCUGGAAAACAACGCGAAUAGUCUGAGUGAGAUCAGCAAAAAGAGCGGAUCUGAUCGGGGCGUGCCGUUUGCGCCCGGUCCGUCUACCUUGCAUUCAUUAGCCCUAUACUUCGCCACAGCUAGUGACAAUCUCAACUCGAACGAGACCGCCGAAUCCACUGCGAGCGUCGAGCAUCAGGAGGUUGAAGGCAGAGAAGAUGACCAUUCGCGCAACGUAUCUAUUGAAUUACCCAUCAACAUCCUCACGCAACACACCAUCACGUCAUACGCCGAAUUAUUCAAUCUGAACAAUGCGCUUGAGGGAAACGCCACGAUAGCCGAAUUUGCGGCGGAGAUCGAUAACGUCGCCAGUGAGAUUGAGAACGACGACGACGACGACGAUCUCGACAUCGAACAGAGCGAAGGCCCAGUGAACGGCGCGAAGAGAUCAAAUAAUACUAAAUUGCGCGAGUUGGCCCAGGUCUUCACUCACGCUUUAUCAGCAUACUUGCAGAAUCCGGACACCUUCAAAAAAGUGCUCACGGAGAUUAGGCCCACGCAACCUCCGGAUACGACCGACGGCGGUCAAUACGGGACGACGACGUUGUAUCCGACCACGGCGGAGGAGUACUCGUCGGUAACCAAAGAGAAGGAUGAAGUCCUGGACUUUUCGGAUGACACGGACGCGUCCAGAAGACGCAAACCGUCUACCGUAUUUCCUACCACUUUGCAAUCGUCUACGACCACUGAUAGAUCGUAUUUGACUUAUUACACGACACCGUACGACGAAUAUUUUUCAACGAGUGAGACGCGCAGACCAAUUUAUUAUCCGAGUACAACGUUCUUACCGCCCGGCACUUCAUCGCCCGAUUCGGAAGAUUACAUCGAUUCGUCGACGCAGAAUGGCAACACAUUCGCCUUUGAAGUGAAUCGCGCUUUCACCACCACUACAGGCGACAUUCACAAUUAUGACAGCGACACGAGAGACUCGACUGAUCUGUCGCCGGUCUACGAUAAUUAUUUCCCAUUGUAUGAAGACGGAAAUCGAGAGAAGAUCAGGGGGUCUCGCAAUAAUACAGCUAGAACCUUUCAGCCGUAUGGCAAGAACGUUAAGACGAAGGGCGCUACGCCUAUAAGUAAUUAUGUGGCAUCGUCGACGCUGGCAUCUUUCCAGCAACCCGUAGAAACAACUUCGUCCAGCUGGAGUAGAGGUUCCGCCGGCGAUAAACCUGUUCAAAAUCUGACACCGCCUCAUUAUCAGCGCUUUGGUAAUGUGAAGAGUUUCGAGCUGUCAAAUAGCAUCGUGCCGAAUCAGAUACGCUCGACGACACCUUUGUCGAGAAGCAAGCCUUCCUACGAUACAGCUAGCACUACCGUUCAACCUUUCAGGAUACGUUAUUAUGAUUCGACAACGUCGUUGCCCGAGGAUCGGAAGACCAACCCUGAGUCUCUCGUCACGGCUCGCAGCUCGUAUGUGAAGUACAGGAACAGCUACAAUCGUAUAGAGGGCAAUCGCGAGGAAGAUACUCGUAAGCCCGUGGGAAACCCGUCGACAACGGCAGCAACGACGAUUGGAGACAACGUCGGGACAUUGGACCCGAUCACCGCGACCGUCAGCGACGUCAUUCCGUAUACCGCUACCGUUGUUCGCGCUACCCCCGGUAAACCAACCAGCACGUCGUCCACCAGACAUCCCAAUUCGUUGAACAACAAUCACUGGACCUCCUCGGCUCUUCUAAGAUUGCCAGUUAACGAGUUCAGUUCCGAAGAAUCGCGAGAGAUCGUUGCCGGUAUCAGCAGACUCAAUCUUCCUAGUGGAAAGACACGAACGGUCAUUUUAUCAAAUUACACAACGACGAAGGCUCCACAGACGUCGUCCGUGAGACCAACGCCGUCCGCACCAUCCAUCACUACGUUCCGCAGUAAGACGGGACGAAGGUUCCGAACGACCACGGAGAGUGUCCGCAGUUUUGCCAGAAGAUCGGACGAUGUUGUCCAGACGGACACGAACAAUUCCUUAGCGGAGGACGAGACCAUCGCGUCCGACAAUCGAGCUCUCGAGCUUCUCAGGUCACUCUACACGAUAGCCGCCAAGUGGGGCUGAGGGACCGCACAAUCGACGACCGAUCGGAACUACGCGUGCGUCAGAAAACUCGCGAGAUGAAAAUCUCGCUGAAGUAUCAGAAGACGAUUCAUCUGUCGAUACGUCUCUCGGAGUAGAUCGUUGCUGUCAUCGCGUCAUUUCGUCUAGCCUAAAUUCGAGGAGGGUUCGUAGAGCUCGAACCCGGUGAAUCGGUUUUGAUCUCGGCCCAUGAAUCGACAUGAUAAGUAAAAAUCUGAUGUACGAAUGUUUCCUCGGAAGACACGAUGAUAUCGUACUUCUUAUCGAAUAGGAUCCGCAACGUGUGAUUAUCAUUGACUUUGCUAUUUUUGAGAAGAGAAUUUCUUAUUUAAUUACAAUGUUUGAUAUAACUUAUUACACUUUCGGAAAUUGAGAAAUUAGAUUUGAGCUAAAGAUUCGGUAUCUUUGGUCUCGGAUCGAUAAUAUGCAUCUCGGACAGCAAAGUUCGAUUUAACUUAGGGCCGAGAUUGACACCCGCGCUCGCGGAUAUUAAGUAAGUUGUGUGACGACCGGUUUCUCAAAAUGUAAUCUGUGACAGCUGCUUGAUAUCCGCGAUCGAGCAUAACUCGUCGGUUAAUAUGCGGAGUCCCGAUCGAUCAUCGAUCGAUAAAAUCGUGGUAUAAUGAUUAACCGGCUGUAGUCCGACAAGUUAAGAUUAUGUAUUUGCUCUCGCCGUCCCUUUUAUUAAGAAUAAAACAUCGAUCGCCUUGAAACAUCGGUAACUGUUACUUGCAAAAAAUGCCUGCCAUACUCUUCGUCCUUCCUGUUUGACGAUUUUUGUGUGAAUGUUACCGUGAAUAUUCAACUUAACUCUCUCAUUAUCGAAUAAUUUUAAUUGCUUAGCAAAGUAUUUUAAUACGUUUUACUUAUUUUUAGCAUGUAAUAAUACAACAACAAGGUAUCCUUGAAUUUUUUCCUCAUAAUAAUUUUACAAGCUUGCUUAAUAACAUUGCAUAAUCGUUAAAUGAUCAUUUGUCAAUAAUUGUUUGUUUACGUUUGUCAAAAAUACUAUCUACGUUUUGAAAAAUAGAUUUUAUUUCAUUGCUAAAUAAUUCGAUGAAAAUUUAUGUAAUCCUUUCAUUUAAAUCUAUUUAAUUCUGUCAUAAUUGUCAUUUGGAAUAAAUAGUUUAAUUUUAUCGUUGAUAUAUAGAACACGAGAGAGACACAGAUAAACAGUGGUUAUUAUAUUUGAAACCCGAUUAUACUCGAAAACAGUGAGUGUGCAUACCGGCAUAAAGGGAUUUGUAUGACUAAUUCGCUCCGCUCUUCUCAUAAUAUUGCCAAGUACAUCGUCAAAUUGCUACUCGUCUUUGUUGAAUAGCAUGCGAAAUUGGCGGAAUGUGUGAUGGCACGUGGUGGAUUGCACUGUACGUUUAUGGUUAUUUGUACCGGUUUGACUGUAUAUGUGACACAAUUUCGCCUCCUCCCUUUCCUCUCCCCCGCGUAUCUUUUCAAUUCCAGGUCACUUUCCAGGUCCUUUCGAAAAAUCCGCGUCAAUUCCUGGACAGUGUAUUAAUUCCCGCCAGUGGGAUUAAAUUGAUAUUCGCGGGUUGUGUCGUACGAACUCUCCAUCGUCCCAUACAAACUUGCCGUCGAACUGUUGUUACGUUCAGUAUUACGAAAAGACUCUCCGAAGAGGAUCCGCCCAACAUCCAGCGGCGGAUACGCGAAAUUAUUUAUUCAAUAUCUUCGCGCUAUUGCGAUUCCUAUGUCCCGGCUAACAGUAAGCUAACUUGUAUCUUUCAUGAAAUUACGGUGUUGGUAACGUUCUCUUUCGUUUGGGCAUUUCGAGAUCGGCGGUGCUCUUUCCUCCCGAUCCCGAAACGUCCAAACGGGGUUUCUAGGUCAUUAUUUAAGUACCGCGACUUUUAGCGACUUGUAGCCGUAUCGACUUUAUGUAAUAUACCUUUGUACAGUAUGUGAAUAAAUAUACAGGGUUUUGUUUACCCGUGUUUUACCUGUCAAAUGUUCCUUAUAAUGCUUUUAUUGAUGCUUUCAUUACCAACAUCGUUCUUUAAAAAAAUGCACAUGUUAUAUUUAUUACGUU